CCCAAAUCCACAAUGCUCGGCUUCACCAUCGGCUCGUUUGUCCUUUUCGCCGCGACCGUCCUCCUCCUGGUGGCUUCGAUCUCGCCACCCACGGUCGCCAAGCUUGGUUUCCUCAACUACCACACUGCGGGCACCGUUGUCCGCUUCGGCGUCUUCGGUGCAUGCCGCACUGGUUCCGGCUUGGCCAACCAGUGCACGUCGCGCAGCGUGGGAUACAACCUCAAUGCAGUCGUGGCCGGCUUUGACUUCUCCGACGGCAUGUCGAAUGCCACUCGCGCAUUCAUCCUCCACCCCAUCGCGUGUGGCGUGUCUUUCAUUGGCUUCCUGAUCGCCUUCUUCUCCGACCGCUUCGGCCUCAUCUGCUCGUCGCUCAUCACCUUUGUGGCCUUCAUCCUCUCCCUCAUCUGCAUGGCUGUCGACUUUGCCGUCUUCCUCUACGUCCGCCGCCACAUCAACAGCCACGCCCAGGGUGGCGCGUCGGCCAACCUCGCCGUGUCAAUCUGGCUUGUCCUCGCCGCCACCAUCCUCCUCUUCCUCGCCCAGUUCAUCGUCCUCUUCGAGUGCUGCUGCGGCGGUGGCAAGAAGAAGAGGCAGCAGGCGCCUAUGAAGGAGGUUGCUUAAGCUGGUCCAUGUAGCUUCCAACCAACCCCUACCACUAAAUGUAUCACUUAAUUCCCUAGUCACCACAUAGAACCAACCCUAGCCCACUCGCUCAGCAU